AAAAAAAAAAAAAAAGAAAAAAGAAAAGAAAGAAAGAAAGGAAAGAAGAAAAGAUCUGAUUUAUUUGAAAUUCAAAUACAUCUUAUAUUUUAACUGCAACCUUUGCCUUGAACACCCCUCUCCCCCUCCCUCCCCCGAGCUCUGGUGUACUGUGGCAAGGCCUGUGUCCAUCUGGGAAAGAGGUACAAAGUUCAUGCAGACUGUCAGGCUAUUGCUAGAUUCUAAGCCGCUUUUGGUUCCUAGCCUAAUGGGCCAUCCCCAGGGGCUUCCUGGCAAAAGUUGAGCCCAUUUUUCAGAGUCCAUAUGUCAGCACCCUCUGUGUUCCUUUUAAUGCUGGAGUCAGGCAGCAUUGGUCUUACGGGAAAGCUGAGAACCAUGCUGGCUAAGUGGCUGAGGACUACACAUUGUUAGGUUUUUUGAGUGUGGGAUAAAGUGGGGCUCAGGUUUUCUGUGUUAACAGUGGGCAGCUUCAGAGAGACCAAGGAUGUCAAGUGGAAAGCGUUAAUCUUCUCAUCCCACCUCUCAUUUUGUAUGUGAGGUCCAGUGAGAGAAAAGGAAUUGUCUCUUUGGUAGAGCGGAAGCCUGAUUCCCAGCCUCCUUCCCCUGCUCUGUGCAUACUUGUGCAGUCAGCUGGCAGCAUUUAUGGUGGGCAUUGUUAAAGCAGAUGCCUUUUUUAGAGAUGAGCUCUUUGGGGCUUUAUUGUCCCUGAAUUCCUUUACAGCCUCCUGACCUUCACCCUGAGGCUACUUUAGCCUUUACCUUGGCCAGUGGGGAAAAUGACUGGCCUCAGUUCUGGAAGCCUGGUCUUUCCUGCUCCAGACACUUGGCUCUCACUCCUGUGGGUGGUGUGACCCAAGACUUGUCUUGUUAGGUCAGAGUGAAAGGCAUGUUCUUAGCAGAGGUGGGUCUAGCUAGCCAAGUAGGUGGAAGGGUGUCCUUUUUUGUCCUGCAGUGUGGGCCCCAAGGUAUAUGGCCUUAUUGUGGGGUCUAGGGACUUAUCUGCGGUUCCAUCAUGAGCCAGUCUUUGCUGCCAUUUCUUGCUUGAACCCAAACCUUUUGCUGGACUGGCCUUGAGCACUGGGAUUCCUCAGGGUGUGUGUCCUGAGGAUGUGCUCUGGGUCUGCCUGUCAGUGCUCCUGUGAGCCUACAGCCUCCCCACACAGACCUAGGCUUCCCAGACCAGAUCCAUGAGCUAAUGAAAUUGAGCAGGCUACAGGUCAUCGGGCUCAGGGUCAGUUGGUGGGACAGCCGGCAGCCUCUUGGCAACAGAAGUGGUAAACAGGCAAGGAAGGAGUGCCAGAAAGGGGUGUUGCUCCUGGACGAGGGCUUAGAAGUGAAGGGGGUGGAAAAGGGGUGGGGCGGGAGCCCAAUGAGAGGAAUUGCUCCCUCUAUGAAUGAUUAACUCUCAGCCGAAGCGGGUGGCCUAGGGGAGGGCUCAGCUAACAGGACCUUUGGACCCGGGGCAGAGUGUCCAGAGGGCCAGAACAGAGCCUACAGAAGAGAAGGACAUGGCAGCCAUGGGUGCCAGGUGGUGCUGAGAACAGUGGGGCAUGGCUGCAGUCCUGCAGGUCCUGCCCUGCUUGGCCCGAGCCCCCUUGCGCCCACUCCUCUUGGGUGGCGCAGUGGUCCGGCUGGCCAGUGGCAUGGCCCUCGCGGAGCAGGCACGGCAGCUGUUUGAGAGCGCUGUGGGUGCCGUGCUUCCAGGCCCCAUGCUGCACCGGGCACUGUCCUUGGAUCCUGGUGGUGGGCAGCUGAAGGUGCGGGACCGGAGCUUUCAGCUGCGGCAAAACCUCUACCUGGUGGGCUUUGGCAAGGCUGUGCUGGGCAUGGCAGCUGCAGCUGAGGAGCUACUGGGCCAGCAUCUCGUGCAGGGUGUGAUCAGCGUUCCCAAGGGGAUCCGUGCUGCCAUGGAGCAUGCUGGCAAACAGGAGAUGCUGCUGAAGCCACACAGCUGUGUCCAGGUAUUUGAGGGUGCAGAGGACAACCUCCCAGACCGUGAUGCACUCCGGGCCGCACUGGCCAUCCGGCAGCUGGCUGAAAGCCUCACGGCUGACGAUCUACUGCUUGUGCUCAUCUCAGGUGGGGGCUCAGCCUUGCUGCCAGCCCCUAUCCCCACCCGUCACACUGGAGGAAAAGCAGACACUCACCAAACUGCUGGCGGCCCGUGGAGCCAACAUCCAGGAGCUGAACACAAUCCGGAAGGCCUUGUCCCAGCUCAAGGGUGGGGGCUGGCUCGGGCUGCCUACCCUGCCCAGGUGGUGAGCCUGAUUCUGUCAGACGUGGUGGGGGACCCUGUGGAGGUGAUCGCCAGCGGCCCCACUGUGGCUAGCGUCCACAACGUGCAAGAUUGCCUGCACAUCCUCAAUCGCUACGGCCUUCGUGCUGCCCUGCCACGUUCCGUGAAGACUGUGCUGGCUCGGGCUGACUCUGACCCUCAUGGGCCACACACCUGUGGUCACGUACUCAACGUGAUCAUUGGCUCCAACGCGCUGGCGCUGGCGAGGCCACGGCAGGCUGAGGCGCUGGGGUACCAGGCUGUGGUGCUGAGCGCAGCCAUGCAGGGCGAUGUGGAAAGUAUAGCCCGGUUCUACGGGUUGCUCGCCCAGGUGGCUGGAACCCGCCUCACUCUGGCUGGGGCUGGAGCCUCUGCGGAGGAGGCUGAACAACUCCAUGAGCUGGCAGCUGAGCUCCAGCUCCCAGACCUGCAGCUGAAGGAGGCUCUGGAGGCUGUGGUGAGGGCCAGGGGCCCCGUCUGCUUGCUGGCUGGUGGUGAGCCCACAGUGCAAUUGCAGGGCUCAGGAAAGGGUGGCCGGAACCAGGAACUGGCCCUGCGUGGAGUAGAGCUGGGACGACGGCCACUGGGGCCUGUAGAUGUGCUGUUUUUAAGUGGCGGCACCGAUGGGCAGGAUGGCCCCACAGAGGCCGCUGGGGCCUGGGUCAUGCCUGAGCUGGCCAGCCAGGCUGCCGCUGAGGGCCUGGACGUGGCCACCUUCCUAUCUCACAAUGACUCACAUACCUUCUUCCGUUGUUUCGUUGGUGGGGUGCACCUGCUGCACACAUGGCUGACUGGUACCAAUGUCAUGGACGCCCACAUCCUGUUCCUGCGGCACGGUGAUGGUAUGUAGGUUGUGUUUAGGAGUACAGAGGAGGCCUACAGGAAGCAUCCUGGGGCCGACCAGGGUUGGUCACCAAGGCCUCACCAGGCCUUAGGGUUCCUUCUUUCCUUGGCCCAGGCUGCUUGGUUGGCCCCUUAUACCUCACACCCAUGGCUUCUGCUCUGUGUUCAUUCCGCCAACCGGAAUGGCACGAUGGGGGCUCUCUUCUCCCUACUUCUGCUUGGACAGAUAGCAGGAUCUCUGAGGACUGGGAUGAGCCCCUUAGCAGUUUGUUGUUCCCAGUCUUCUCACCGCCCCACCCCAGGCAGCCCUCUGCUGAGCUCUGAGUGUCCUUUCUGUGGGGUAAAGCAAGGACUGCAAAUAAAAAGAACCACACUAUGGGUUCUCCAUGUGUUUUCCCUCUGAGCGAAGACUCACCCAGAACUGCUGGGAAGGGGAGUGGGAUCAGCCUGCAGCCCCAGCGCUAAGACCCUACAGGAGUUCCCCACACCCCGCUCUGCAGGGUAUACUCAGCACUUGCUUCACUUAAACAGGAGCCUAGGAAGGUUGAGCCUGGCUUCUGACACAUUCAAUGGGGACAAGCAGAGAGGGAGGACAGGCCUAAGGACUGCAGACUGUGGGGUCUGAAAGCAACUGGCCACCUAUCCAACUGUGACUCCCCUGUGGCCUCCCUGUUGCAAUCUCCAGCUUCUGCUUGCUUUGUGCCUUGCUGGGUGAAUGCUUACUACUCACUAAGUCUGUCCUUCCCUUCUGUGUUUGGAAAACCCUUAGGCACAGACCACACCUUCUUUGGUUGAUCUGCCCUUUGUUUGCCCACGGGCUACUCUCAGCCACAUAGGAUUCUGGACCUUGUUUUCUUGUGUCAGGCCCGUUUUUCCAGGUGGAACAUCCCAGUUCCUUUAGCUGCUCCUCUGGGACACAGUCCAGUUCCCAGUGCCAGCCUUGCAGUGGUGGUCUCCAGCGCUGAGAUAGUGGGUCAGAGUACUGAUGGGAUCAAGCAGCCCACCUGCCCAUUCUCCUGUUACAGUUGGCCAGGGAAGAGGUCAGUGGGGGUGGGGGUAGGGAGAGCAACAGAGGAAAGGUUCCCUUGGCUAGGCUAGCAGCUACCUCUCUUUGGGCCCCCUUGCUCAGGAUCCGAGCCCUCGCUGGCCGCCCCCGCCGUGCGCCACGGCUCCAAUCCCUAUAUGAGUGAGCAGUAGAAUCACAUAGGAAUAAAAAGCCAUAGAGAACAGCGAGGCCUGGGGCUGCUCCUGCUGGCCCCCUCGUCCACCCCAGCUAUCCCUUCCUCUCUGAGGGUGUGAGGGGCUCUGGGCCAAGGCUGGCAUGCUCUCCCCCUGGGAAGAGCCUCCCUUACCCACUUGGGCUCUGGACAGCCCAGCUUGCAGACUGUUCAUGACCUGGGGACAAGGUGAAGUCAACAAUGUGAGCCAGGCUCUGGAGGCCAGGGAGGCUUAGGGAAGAGGGGAGUUUGCACCCCUCUGUGAUGCAGGGCACCGUUUCCUUUCUUUCUGUAUUGGCAUGGAGUUCCCACUGACUCGGUGGGGGGGGGGGGGGGGGGUGUCAUAGUCUAGGGAAUGUUGCCCCCACGUGGCAAUGCCUGUGCCUUGUUGCUCCUCUGGUAACCUCUAGAUAUGCCCUGUCUGUGUCAAUCCUUGCCUAUGCGGACAUGACUGUUGGUGCUGGUGUCAAGUUCCAGGCAAGAGCAGGAUAGGAGGGCAGGGCCUUGUCUGCCUUGUCUACGGCAUGUGUGUGUGUGUGUGUGUGUGUGUGUGUGUGUGUGUGUGUUGGCAUGUGAGCACACAGAUGUGGGUGGCCGGGGAUAGGGAUGUGCUGCUUUGUACACUAGGUCUGUUGCAUGCCUGCUGAGGGGUUUGGGUGUGGGUGGGGUCUCACCGGAGGUCUCUCCUGUGCUGCUUUGGCCCUUGCCCUACACCUAUGUUUGUGGGGGCUGGGAGGCCAGGGGCUGGAUUGGGCCUGGCCCAUUAGAUUUGCUCAUUUGGUAUCCCCAAGAUGAGAAAAGAUGUACUUGGCCUCAAUCUAGAUGCAAAUACGAGAUAAACGCUGUAUGGUGACUGUUCAAUAGGACUUAACUAUUUGCUCCAUAAAUUUCAGUUAUGGGUCA